UGCAUCGACAUGUAAACACUCAAAAAAGUCGCAAAGUUUAUUUUAUUUAUCAGUAAAUAAACUGUGUCGCGUGUGAAGAUAGAAUUAAAAUUUAGUGAGCUCUCCUCCUCAGGUUUCGCUGAUUUCCACCGAACAUCCGUGGAAGUUAUUAGUAUCUCUUGCCCCGAAAUUGGCGUUCCUUGAAAUUGAAAGAACGGAAGUCAUUCUUACUGUGUUCUCUGUCUCCAUUCAUACCAUGACCAUGUCGUUAUAUUACUUCUCCAGAGUCUGUCACAUGAAAAAUUUUCGAACUACAAUUCCCAGCGGUACAUAUUUGUGAAACUUAUCGAAUUCUAUUUCAUCGAUCAGUUACAUUUAAGUUAACCUGAGCUGUUCUCCUUAGCUUGGUGCUUUGUAAGGCGCGCUUCUUUAAUGGUUUCUCUGUUUUCUGGAACUCCAUGCCAUGCCGCAUAUUCAAGUAACUGGUUGCUUGAAAUGUUUAUCUCAAUCUUGAAUGAAUAACACCUCUCUCUUCGAGUUUAGAUUUUUCAUAUUUGAUUUAAACCAAAUCAAACUUAUAUCCCACCUUAUAAAUGAGUAUGUUGCGAGAGUUGAAAGAAAAAUCCCAGAAGCGAAAGAAACUCCUCGCUCAAACGUUUGGUGUUUCCAGUGUGAAUGAACUCAGACAAGCUUUGGGCACCAGCGGGGAAUGCCGCAAAGAGUUAAACCCCAGCGGACAUGUACCUGAUAAAUUACGGAAACAUUCUCUGACUGAUGAGUUAGUCUACAAAGAUUCCUCCACUUUUCUGAAGGGCACUCAAUCAUCAAAUCCCCACAAUGACUACUGUCAACAUUUUGUUGACACAGGGCAAAGGCCGCAGAAUUUCAUCCGUGAUGUUGGUUUGGCAGAUCGAUUUGAAGAAUAUCCCAAGUUGAGAGAGCUCAUCAAAUUGAAGGAUGAUCUUAUUGCAACCACAGCAACGCCACCUAUGUUCCUAAAAUGUGAUCUCCACAAUUUUAAUUUAAAUGACCUUCAAAGUAAAUUUGAUGUGAUAUUAAUUGAGCCGCCUUUAGAGGAAUAUCAAAGAACAUCUGGAAUUUCAAAUCUACCUUUUUGGACCUGGGAGCAGAUUAUGCAGCUUGACAUAGGUGAAGUAGCAGCCGCAAGAAGCUUUGUAUUUCUGUGGUGUGGUUCAUCGGAGGGACUCGAUAUGGGAAGAAACUGUUUGCGAAGGUGGGGUUUCAGACGUUGUGAGGAUAUCUGCUGGAUACGAACAAACACAACCAAUCCAGGUCAUUCCAAAAAUUUGGAAGCCAAAGCAGUAUUUCAACGGACAAAGGAACAUUGCCUGAUGGGCAUUAAAGGCACUGUCAGGCGGUCAACUGAUGGUGAUUUUAUCCAUGCUAAUGUAGACAUCGAUCUGAUCAUUAGUGAAGAAAAUGAAUUUGGACUUAGGGACAAACCCGUUGAAAUAUUCCAUAUCAUAGAACACUUUUGUUUGGGCCGAAGAAGAUUACACGUAUUUGGGCGCGACAGCACAAUUAGGGCAGGUUGGUUGACUCUUGGACCCGAACUGACCAACAGUAACUUCAACAGUGAAGUUUACGCUAGCUACUUCUCAAAUAGUGUAUUGACGACUGGCUGCACUGAACGUAUCGAAGCUCUCAGACCCAAAUCUCCACCUCAGAAAGGAAAAGUUGCCUCCUCAUCUCGAGGCCGAGGAUCUGGCCGAGGCAAUUUUCUUCGAGGUAGAGGCAGAGGACGUUAAGUUUUUUACCAAAAUGUACAGCAAAGAUUUUUAUCAUAGAAAGCCACAAGUUAUUUUGGUGGCAGCCAAGGAUGAUGCGAAUAAUUUAAUUUACAAACAUUGAAAAUCUGAAAAGUGCGUUUUAUAUUUGUACAAUAAUUAAUUGACAUUAUUGUCUACCUCUGUCGAUUGAUUCAUGUUUCUGUUAGGUAUUAUAUCAUUGUUGUCUGAUGUUUGCAGCUGUUUUGUUUUUAGAUAGCGUAUAAGUCAAUUCCUCGUGUAUAGAGUCACUGAUACCUUUACAAAUAUCAGACAGUUGUCAGUAUUAAUUCACGUUAAGUCUAAUUUGUUACAAGUUUGAUGAAAAGUUUUCUAAGUCAGUUCGUAAUUUCUGUGGUUGAUUUCAAGCAUAUCGAAUGGUUUUUUACAAAAUGAAUUGAGUUUUGAUAAUCUAGAUAAUAUUUUAAUAUAAUUUCCUUGUGUCUGCUCUCGCUUGACUCGGACUGCAUGUUCAGAAUUUCUAAACUAAAAUCAUUCCGUACUUUCAAAUUUUAGCCGAAACCCUGUUACAGUUGAUUUGGAGCUGUGGCAGCACUCCUCCUUUUGACAUCUUUUUAUUCACUUCUUUAUAAAUUUUAAUUUAUUCAAUAUUUCUAUUGUGAUCUUAAUUGUGUAAAUAAUUUAUCCUGUAAAUAUCUUUUUGUGCCACCCUGUACCUAAUUAGUUGUGCAGAUAGGUAAUAUUUUGAAAAUAUUUUAUAAGAAAAAACCUGAGGGUACUUUUUUAGCUCAAUAAAAUUAUUUGUGAAUUUCUUGAAAGAUAUUAUGAAUAAAUCAUUCUCUGGACAAAUGUCA